UGAAACAAAAAGCUCCCUUUCAAGUAUUCCAGCAGAUAUAUGAGGAUUACAAAAAGUAUCCUUAUGCUGGGGGGUUCAGAGGGCUCAAACCGAUGCUAGUUAUCAAUGACUUGGACCUGAUAAAGAUUGUGCUGGUCAAGGAAUUCAGCACUUUCGCAGGGAGAGGACUGAAUGUGGACGAAAAGAAUGAGCCACUUUCUGCGAAUUUAUUCGCCCUCGACGGACCUCGUUGGAAGGAUUUGAGGAAGAAACUGACUCCAGUCUUCACAAGUGGUAAACUCAAACACAUGUUUGAUCUCAUUCUCGAGUGCUCUGAUCAUUUCGAAAAAUAUCUCAAGGAGCAAAUUGGUAAUGGAAAAGUCAUCGAGUGUAAGGAGCCAAUAGCCAGGUUCACAACUGAUGUCAUUGGAUCCUGUGCCUUUGGUUUGGAUACGAGUGCUCUGGAGAAUAGCGACAGUGAGUUCAGGAGAAUCGGGAAGAAGAUUUUUGAGCCAAAUUUCAUAACGAUGAUCAAGAGAUUGAUAAGGGAGAUAUCACCUGGUCUCGCCAAAUUCCUCGGGCUCAGAGGUAGCAGCAAACAAGUCGAAGAUUUCUUCAUCUCGGUGAUCAAAGACACUAUUGCGUUGAGAGAAAGAGAGAAUAUUGUUAGGCAUGACUUUGUAGACACUCUCAUCAGCAUGAAGAGGAGUAAUGAUGUUAAUGAAUGGAAGUUUACCGAUGCAAAUUUAGCAGCUCAGGCUCUAGUUUUCUUCGCCGCAGGUUUCGAAACAUCUUCAACAACCAUUUCCUUCGCUCUCCUUGAGCUCUCCCAUACACCUGAGCUUCAGGAGAAAUUGAGGAAAGAAAUUUUGGAGACUAUGAAAAAUUGUGAUGGCAAACUUACCUACGAAAUCGUCAGUGAAAUGAAGUAUCUUGAUAUGGUAGUUCAAGAAACUCUGAGGAAAGAUUCACCAGCGCUAUUACUCACGCGUCACGCAUUCCAGUCUUACAAAGUACCUGGAACAGAUUUCACCAUUGAGAAAGGGAUGUCCCUAUUCAUCCCUAUAUACGCUAUUCACCAUGAUCCUGAAUAUUUUCCCGAUCCCGAGGUAUUUGAUCCUGAACGCUUUUCGGAUGAGGCUAGGCGUCUGAGGCACCCAAUGGCUCAUAUUCCCUUCGGUGAUGGUCCAAAGAAUUGUAUAGGUAGUUAA